AUGGAGACUGAAAAUUGUUCUGUGGGAAAACCCAUCACGGAGGAUCUUCGCUUGGUGGGGUUGAUGCAAGGGUUGAAAGCCGUCGCAAAAUUGCAACAAGAGAUCUCAAAUACUCAGAUUGCCUUUCGAGAGAAGAGAAGAGAAGCCAGUCUAAAGAGAGAGGCUGUAUCGGAAAGUGACGCCAAAUCCAUGCGGGAAGUUCAACGACUUAUUGCAAGCGGAGAAUUCCCACAAUUUCAAGAGCUCGCAAACGACUGCCAAAAAGCCGGGGAUGCCCUGGGCCCGGUAGAAGAAGAGGGGAUCAUUGCUGAACAACAGUUGGAAGGACAGAUAUGGACACUCCAACAAGCUGAAAGGCGCCUCUAUGAAGAAUUUGAGUGUGAGUUCCAAACUGCCGCUCGGUAUUCGUCGUCUCCAAGUGUCGAGUCUAGCGACUAUGAACUGCCGUCAAAUCUUCACAACUAUGAAGGCCAAUUCGAGAAUGAUAUUAUAAGGCAUGACGAGAAUUUCUCACUCUCACCCUCACUCAAAAAUCCAGAAUGUGCCUCACCAAGCGGAGAAUUUGAGCCACCACGUUCCAAAGGGGCUGUGUAUCCUGUGCCAACAUUCCCAGGCUUGGAAGAAAAGUUGGAACACGAUGUCUGGUCAGACUCAGGAGUGACAGGUAUAAAGUGCGGUGAGAGCGACACUGGACAACCCAAAGAAUACAUCUCGGAUUUCUCGCGGAAACAUUAUAAAAGUGAUUUAUAUAUCAACUUGCUCACCGAUUUUGCAUCGAAGAGAGAUAGAAUCAACAAAUGGCUGGAAAAAAACGCCCUGGAAUUUAGGAUCGAGGCGACAUCAAUCUUCAAUAUACUUGGGGAAGUGCUGCGACUCGAAAGUCAAGAAAUGCCAUCAAAUUGGUCGCAACUAGUGAUUGCGUAUUGGGAAUUAGAUGCUGCUGCCGUUUCUCGACGCAUGGAAACAAAUUCGGAUGAAAUCUAG